AUUAUUAUUUUAUUAUUAUUAUUUAAUUAUUAUUAUUAAUGACAGAGUUGUUUUAACGAAAGAACGCUGCUGAUAGCUAGAUAAUGUAACGCAGUCAUUCUCGCUUCAUUGAACACACAUCCAUUAGUUUUUUAUUAUUAUUAAUAUUAUUAUUAUUAUUAUUGUUGUUGUUGUUGUUGUUGUUGUUAUUGUUGUUAUUAUUGGUGUUGUUUCUUUUAAUCCUGCUUAUUAUUUAAACCUGAUGUUUCUGCAGUCUGUAGUUCUUUGAUUCAGCAGUAGAGUAAAACCCUCAUUCUUCACAACGAAUGCAAAUUGGGGAGUUAUUCUUAUUUAAUAAGUUGGGAUGGUUUAGCUCAGAUAAUAUUUUUGAAAAUUAAAUCGGUAAAUAAUAAAAAUGAAUAAUAAAUAAUAAAAUAAUAAAUAAAUAAAAUUGAAUAAAUAAAUUGAAUAAAAUGUUGAAUGUAGGAAGAGUCGUGCCUUUAAAUUUCCUCGGAUUGUUCGUUUUCUCGUUCGUCAUUAUCUUUCAAGUCGCAAACGCCGGUUCAUCAACGACGACGGCAGCAGCCACAACAGCAACGACGUCAACUUCAAUAGCAACAACAAAAGCAAGUGCAACAUCAAACGCUAAUGCAACAGUAGCAGCAACAACUGUUGCUAACAACGCAACUACGACCAACGACGGCGAAAAAGUGAAACAAGUAACAAUGGUCGUAACAGCCAUCACAAUCGCGUUGACAGCUGCACUGGUGGUCGGUGCAGCCAUCGCGUCUUGCCUCGUCUACAGGCGGUACCUCAUGCCAUCGAAGAAGGUACCGAGCCGGUUCUGACAGAAGGAACAUCAACUGCAACGAUGAUGCCACAUAAAUUCUUAAAAUAAAAUUCCUUUAUAUUUCAUUGGGUCAUGCUAAUGACAUCAGUAGGGAUUUGAUAUUUUAUAAAUUCUGUGAUAGUAAUUGUACAUAUAAUGCCAUUCAAUCAGUAAUACCUUGGACUUGUUAGAGAUAGUUAAUUAACAUAUUUUGUAUUAGAAUAAUAACUUUAGGACAGUUUCUUUACUAUAGACAUUACUUUACUUUAUCAAAUCUUUAGACUAAUUAAUUUUCGUUCAUUCCAAUUAUUUAUGAAAUAUCUCAUUAAAUGGCUUACAGAA